AUGAGCAUUGGCAACGCCAUCAAGCGUACUGUAACAGCAGCACUACAAGACUCCAACCGCAUUCCGGAAAAUGAGACGAUUGAGCAAGUGCGUUCGAUCGGUGGUGGCGACGUGAGCGAUGCCUUCCUUUGCAAGACCAACACUGGCAACAAGAUAUUUGUAAAGGUUUGUUGUAGCACGUCAUCCGGACAAUCAAUCGAUGAUAUUGUCAACAUGUUCAAGAGUGAGGCGGAAGGCUUAAAGGCGUUGGAUGAUACACACACCAUUCGUGUUCCUACGCCCUACGCACAUGGAGUUCUUGAAGGCAAGAAGAAUUGUGGGUACUUGGCUACUGAAUAUAUCGCCAUGGGAGGAAAGCAUAGCCCAGAUAUCCAACGCAAAUAUGGAGAGCAAUUGGCUGACAUGCAUUUGGCUCCUGGACCUGAUCAAUUUGGUUUCCCUGUUAAUAACACCAUUGGAAGUACACCUCAAGACAACACAUGGACAUCGGACUACUUGGAAUUCCUUCAUCGUCGCCUCAAGUAUCAGUUUGAUUUAGCAUCUCGUCAUCCUCAGGUUAAAAAGGCAGGUCAAGAGUUAUUGGAUCGAUUACCCUCUUAUUUCGAAGGAUUGGAUCCAAUUCGUCCAAGCUUACAACAUGGUGAUUUAUGGUCUGGAAACUGGUCAUCCGAUGAUCAAGGCAACCCUGUUAUCUUUGAUCCUGCACCUUUUUACGGUCAUAGUGAAUCUGAUUUGGGUAUCAUGCAACUAUUUGGUGGUGUCAAUGAGGAAUUCUACAAGGCAUAUCAUUCAAAGAUACCAAAGGCACCUGGAUUUGAGAAACGCUUAUCCAUUUAUACGUUAUACCAUGCCGUCAAUCAUCUCAAUAUGUUUGGAUCAUCGUAUCUAGGCACAUGCAUGUCACUUUUCUCGAGUAUCCUUGGCGAUUAA